AUCAUCUGAGCCUUUUCUUGUGUUCUUCUCUCAUUUUAUGCUUUGUCUUUGCAUUGCACCCAGGAAUUACUUCUUGAUCUUUUAGACAUUAGGGUUUCGUGUUGGGUUCAAAUGACAUUUUGGUAAAUCGAUGCUAAUCUUUAUUUUGGGUGAGAUAGGAUUGUGUGUGGAUAUGGCAAGGCGAAGGGCCAAGAAAACUGUCAACAAAUCUGCGUCUUCACCUUUGAAUGGUGGAAAUGGUGCUGUUGCGACAGAGGCACAAAUCGAAAAGGAUGAAGUUGCGUUUACAGACCAGGAAAUCGAACGACAAAGUUCUGCCAUUAGGGCUAUUCGUGAUGUGGAGAUUGAACAUCUGCUGACUGAACUGCGUUUGCUUCGCUCAUAUUUCAGCAAGGAGCAACUGCAAAGCCCUGCACUACAAUUUUUUAAAGAAAACCUCCCAAACCUUUCAGUUGUUGGAAAUGAAGGAAACAGACAAUUUGAAGUGCAAUGGAAUUAUGAGAACAGUAAUUUAUAUAUGAACCCCAAUGAUGGAAUAGACUUACAUGCUUCUAUUUUGCGUCGAUUGUCCAUGGUUUAUCCGGACUGCUCUGGUGCUACUGCUUCUUUGCGUGGCGUUGAGUUUUCUAGCAAAGCGGUGAAAACAAGCCUUCUAGGUGUUGGUAAUUUACAGAUAGGCGACUUUGAACCAUCUGAGACUCAGAUGCUUGGGAUGCAAGAUGGUCUUCGAACUCCUGGGGGAGGGAGUGAGACAAUUUUCUGGAUACGGACCUCCCUGAUACUGACAAAUGACUGGUGGGAGGUGAGUAGCCAAAGAUUGUCUGUUGGGAUGACACCCAAAACACGGAGGCUGCCUAAACCUGGCGAGAUGCUUCUCUCAGUCCAUGGGUCACCCCUUGGUGUCUACAAGGAAGAUAACAUGGAAGCCAUACAUGAGUCCGAAGAGGGUUGACUGGUUUCAGUUCAAUUGGUCAAUUAUGGUUCAAGAAUUUGCAAAUACAUUGCAAACUCAUUGACCGUUUGAAUGUGCCUAUCCGACUAUUGUAAUAACCGAAGCUGCUGUUGUUGCAAUUCACUGUUACCUUCAUUAGCUUUAAGUAUACUCUUGUGUAUUUCUUGUUUGUCUGGGUUCCAUGUAAUUUCUUGUUUAUACUUGUAUGCAAAGGGCUUAUAUAAAAAAAAUGAUUAGUUCCAGUUAUGUUGACUGCCGUUACUUAGAACUGCCAGAGAGGGUCAGACAAUUGUUGCUCUGAAA